UCUUUGAAUCGAUUCCCAUUGACGUCACCGCAUCACGUGGUGCAAGGAGGCGAUUCGCCACUACUGCCAACGCCGCCGCAGCCGCUGUCCGUCUUUCGCAUUCGUACGCGUCGUAACCCUCUCGGUUUAUUUUAUUUUAACAACGGCGAUAACAACAAUAAAUAGACAAAAAAAUCAAGGACUCGAGGUGUCCUUCCCACCCUGCCGUCGCGAGACGAACAGCCGUCAAGUACUGUGUCAGCCGUGAACCCUAAGAAACAGACGUUGUGUGAAGAGGGCAGUUCUCUACGCCGGGGCUAUCCGACCAUGGCGUCGAGCGGCAACAUGGAGCAGGAGGAGCGCAGCCUGCGCGAGUGCGAGGAGUACGUGCAGCGGCACGGCAUCCAGGCCGUGCUCAAGCAGUGCAUCGUGCAGCUGUGCAUUGCGCGCCCCGAGCGACCGAUGCAGUUCCUGCGGGAGCACUUUGAGCGCCUCGAAAAGGAGGAGGCGAAGCAGUUUCUGUCGCGGCGCAUGUCCAACUCGCUGUCCGACUCGUGGGAGGAGGAAAUCUCUCCUCCGCCGCCGAACCCCGUGGUGAAGGGGCGCAGCCGCCGCAUGGCGUUCAGCGCCGAGGUGUACACGGAGGAGGACGCCGCGUCCUACGUGCGCAAGGUGAUACCGAAAGACUACAAGACCAUGGCUGCACUCUCCAAAGCCAUCCAAAGGAAUGUGCUGUUCUCUCACCUGGAUGAUAAUGAGCGCAGCGACAUCUUCGACGCGAUGUUUCCCGUCACCCACAUCGCUGAUGAAACGGUCAUUCAGCAAGGUGAUGAGGGAGAUAACUUCUACGUGAUAGACCAAGGAGAAGUUGAUGUGUACGUGAAUGUCGAGCUGGUGACGAGCAUCGGCGAGGGCGGCAGCUUCGGCGAGCUGGCGCUCAUCUACGGCACGCCUCGCGCCGCCACCGUCAAGGCCAAGACUGACCUCAAGCUGUGGGGCAUUGACCGCGACAGCUAUCGCCGCAUCCUCAUGGGCAGCACGCUGAGGAAGAGGAAGAUGUACGAAGAGUUCCUCAGCAAGGUCUCCAUCCUCGAGUCUUUGGACAAAUGGGAGCGUCUGACUGUGGCCGAUUCCCUGGAGCCGGUGCAGUUUGAGGACGGCCAAAAGAUCGUGGUGCAAGGAGAGCCGGGAGAUGACUUCUUCAUCAUCACCGAGGGCUCGGCCGCGGUGCUGCAGCGUCGCUCGGAGAACGAAGAGUUCGUCGAGGUGGGAAGACUCGGGCCGUCCGACUACUUUGGCGAGAUCGCGCUGCUGCUCGACCGGCCGCGCGCCGCCACGGUGGUGUCGCGGGGGCCGCUCAAGUGCGUCAAGCUGGACCGGCCGCGCUUCGAGCGCGUCCUGGGGCCCUGCUCGGACAUCCUCAAGCGCAACAUCCAGCAGUACAACAGCUUCGUGUCGCUCUCCGUCUGAACCGUCGGCCGCCGGCGCCGCCGCAGCCGCCGCUGGUGGUGGACCCCGUUGCUACUUUCUCCCCCCCGCCACCACCUCCUGCCCCUGCCCCCCCUGGCCUCCCCCGCCUCGGCCCCCCACUUCUCCCACACCGUCAUCUUCUGCUCCUCCACCUCCGACGACGGCGGGGCGGUCGCGCGGAAGCCGUCCGACGCCGAAGCUUGCCCGCGGGUUGCUGACACGGGCGCUGUCGGCACGGGGGGUGGGGGGGGGGGGGGGUGGACGCCGACUGUUGGUGCGUGCCGGUAGUCGCAUGCGGCGCGGGGGGAUCUAGGCGUCGUGGCGAUUUGUCAACCGCUGACCGCCACCCCCUCCCCGCCCCUCACCCCCGCCGAUCGCCGCCCAGUGACUCGUUUGUGUUAUCCGUCUCGUCUGUACCGCUUGGCUCGUUAAUUCCUUUCCCUCGUUUGUUCCGUUGGUCUUGUGUUCGGUUCUGUUCGGCGUCUCAGAAUGAUUUUUUUGCCGUAAAUUGAGCGACAACGACAAGGGUUCGAUCGUUUGUGUUUUGUCGUACCUCUCUCCCGCGUCCUUUCUCCGGUUGACACGUUGCGCUGUCCGUAAUCUCUGCCGCGCUUGCAACUGUGUCCCCGCGGUGUCGGCGUCUCUGGCCUCGUCUUGUCGUACGUCUCGUCUCGUCUCCCCCGCUGCUGUCUGUGCCUCAUUCUCGUGUCGUCUGCGCUGUCUGUCUUGCACUGUCGCCUUUGGCGCUCACAUUUUGUUCCCCUAUCCUGAGGGUCAAAAAUGCGACGGUUGUUUUCGUUGCGCAGGUAAACAAUUGAUUCUUCCGCUCACCGUUCAAAGCGUUUUAAUUUGAGCGUGAGAAUCGAUUGUUAACUGGAUGAUGACUCUCCACCGAUAUACGCGGCUCAACUCCACACCAUCCCAGCUCCAUCGUUUCAAACCCCCCCCCACGCUCUGGAAAUUCACUCCCCACGUCCUGGAAAUUUUACCCAUACACUGUGGAAAUUCACCCUCUGGCUAGGCCCUAUGACGCUCUCCAAUAUGAUCUAUCUCUUAAUUUUUUUGACAUUCUUUAAAAAAUAGGAACUUGUUUCUCGCAUUUCUUUUUUUGUCUAAGCAAAGAUGCCAGCUGUUGGCGUGAUAACUGCGGAGUUCCGGGUACACUGGGAGAUCUAAUCUCACGGAACAGAACCACCUGCACAGAGAUAUUGCGCACAUUACCAAAGGUAUCUGAAUCAGUUUUACAAUGGUUUUUACUGACACGGAGCGUCAUGCCUGCCAUGCCUCGUGUGGGCUAUUGUGCUUGCUCGGGCGAUAAAAGGGCUUUAUUGGGCUGCGGCUAUCAAAUCAACUUUGCGCUCUUGACCAUCUUCGCAUGCAAGCUGCAGUGCCGAUGGCUUCAGGGUUAAAACCCAUCUCUGGCGAAGUGUCACUCGAGGUGAAGUGUGGGCGCACCUGACGGUGAUCCGAUCCGCACCUCUGCCGCUCCUCGUAGUUCUGGCUGGCCGGGCUUCACAGGCAAAGGGGUUUUGACAGCGUUCCCAAGAAUUUUUUACGUGCAUGCGUGCGUGCGUGCGUGCCAGCCAUUAGUAGCACAGAGCGCAGGACACGGAGCGAAGGAAAAGGAAUAUUUUUUUAGGUGACCCGGGGGGGG